AUGGCGUUUUCUUGUACCCCACGUGGCUUUUCUUGCCUUUCAAAAUUCCAUGUCUUGUUUAUUAGACCAGAAACACGUGGAUAUACUCGUAGUCUUCACAGGAACCCCAUAAAGAUCCUAACAUCGGAGGAAGCAAAAAAAUCAAGCAGAAAGCCAUCGCUGGUUUACCAUGAUUCGAUCAGUGAUCCUCCAGACAAAAAAGAACAGCAAAGGACACAGAAAAAUAUUCGAGUUAAACAUACUAGCCUAAAAAUCCCAAAGUAUGGACAAGUCGAUGACUCUACUGUAACGACGAAGAAUCCACAAAGUGCAUUCAGAUCCUUUCUCAGUUCUAAUCCAAAAAAGAAAGACAUCAUCAAUACAACAGCAAAAGGUCCAAAAUCCGGCAGAAUGACUAUCUUGGCGUGUGGAGAAAAAUUGGAAGUGGAUAUUGUGACAGAAAAAUUAAUUGCAGAGAGAACAUUGAGCUCAAUUAUCCAGAAUGUCAAAUCUACCAAAGCAAGGCAGGCAUCUGGCAAAAUUCUGUUAGAAGGGGAGCGUUUAAUAUCUGAUGCUAUGCAUGCAGGAGUACAUGCUGAAGCAAUAUUCUUUAGCAAUCUUAAACUAUUAACCACCCUACCUCUAAAAAGUCAUACAUCUACUAAGCUUUACCAGGUUAACCAAGAUAAAAUCCAACUUUGGUCAGACCUGAUAACUAGUCCUGGCAUUAUGGGUGUCUUUGAUGUGAGCAACCUCCAAGACUCCAAUUUUUAUGAACACAUCCCAUUAACAAUAAUAUGUGAUAAUGUGAGAGACCCUGGUAAUAUGGGAUCUAUUAUAAGAUGUGCAGCAGCUGUAGGAUGUAAAAAUCUUAUUACCACACGAGAUUGUGUUGAUGUCUGGGAUUCCAAGGUUCUUAGGGCUGCUUCUGGAGCACAUUUUAGAACAAAGUUAACACUAAACGUGGAUUGGGAUUUAAUUGCUGGAAACUUCGUGACACAGGACGAUACCGUUCUAUUGGCAGAUCCUUGUGUUCAAGAAACUUCUACAACAUCGCAUCCAGUCGGGGAAAAAAAUACUUUAGGCAGUCAACUGUCAUGGCUGGAACGAGAAAAUAGCUCAAAAGCUAAAACUGUAGAAAUUCUCGCAAACGGAAAUGCCCAACUGCGCGAUUCUUCUUAUUUAGAUGAAAAAAAUCUCCGUAUUUAUAGAAAUUUGCCGCUCCCUAAUUUCGCCUAUGACAAGUUAAAUCUAGAUGCUGCUUCCAUUACUUUGGUUAUUGGCGGAGAAACUCAUGGCCUUAGUUCUGCGGCCCACAAAUUGGCGCACGACUAUGGUGGUUUAAAGGUUUUCAUUCCACUAACGAACGAAGUAAACAGCCUGAAUGCUGGUGUAGCCAUGGGUAUCUUGGUAUACGAAUUACGACGACUGUUCCUGCAAAAAAAGAAACAUACCUCUGAAACGCAAAAAAAAUAAUCAAAGCAACGUUACAUUUAGUCCCAAUAAAUUAUGCAAAAUAAGAAAAA